AUGUCCUAUGCCGAUGACAGUGGCUCGACAACGUCGAGCGCUCCCGGCGGCGGGCCCGCCGAUGUUGCCCCAGUUGCCACCACUUCCACAGCUCUGCAGCAGCACCAACAAGAACAAGAGAUGUUGCAAGGAUAUGCCGUGCCCAACCCUCCAGUACUGACUCAGCAAUCGUCGCUCGCCACCGAGAAGGAGCCUGGGCAUCAUGGCGACGCGCCUCGAACGCUUUGGAUGGGUGACUUGGACCCGUGGUUGGAUGAAAAUGGAAUCAUUGACUUGUGGUGGCAUGUAUUGGGCAAACGUGUAUGUGUCAAAGUGAUCAAGCCCCGGAUCCCUCUAAAAACCGACGGUACGUUCCAAGGUCAUCUGGGUUAUUGUUUCGUGGAGUUUGAAUCUUUCGAAGACGCCCAACAAGCGCUCACUCUCAAUGGUCAGUUGCUUCCUGAUAUGGCAAUGCCGUCCCAACAGCUGUUUCCGAAUAACCCUGAUAACCAGAAGAAAUACUACCGGUUGAAUUGGGCUCUGGGAGCGACGUUGCUGGCGCCAAUUAUUCAAUCACCAGAGUAUUCAUUGUUUGUAGGGGAUCUCAGUGCUCUGACUACGGAGGCCCAUUUGUUGGCACUCUUCCAAAAGAGCUUUCCUCAUUCAAUCAAGACAGUAAGGGUGAUGACUGAUCCAGUUCUGGGUAAGAGUCGUUGUUUCGGGUUUGUCCGGUUUACUGAUGAGCUGGAGCGUCAACGUGCUCUCCUUGAGAUGAACGGAGUGUGGUUUGGAGGUCGCCCCUUACGAGUGGCGUUGGCAACACCCAGGAAUCAAAUCAAACCACCUCAAUACCCUCCGCAAGGUCCUCCUCAGCCUCCAACUUCUCAGGCACCGCAUCGUCAAAGCCGCUCACACUACUCUACUCGCGAUAUGAUGUACAACUCGUACAAUUAUUCCGCUCCACCUCCUCAAUGGUCGGAGCCAAAACAACUAAGCUCUCCCGGACAGCCAUACGUCGAUCCCAACAACACCACCGUGUUUGUGGGCGGCUUAUCUCUGGAGGUCACCGAGGCUACAUUGUACGCAUUAUUUCAACCCUAUGGUACCAUUGAACAAGUGAAAAUUCCACCCGGGAAAAAUUGUGGGUUCAUCAAAUACAUGGCCCGUGAAGAGGCUGAGGAAGCUAUUCUGCGCAUGCAAGGUUUUAUCAUUGGUGGCAACCGAGUUCGUCUUCUGUGGGGUCGGGUAUCACUUCUGAAUAAAAAGUUCCAACACCAACAACAUCAAGUGGCUCAAGCCGCUCAGAUUCAAGCCGCUGCCGCUUUGUCCAUGGGUAUGGACCCAGCCACUGCUAUUGCCGCUGCCGCCGCUGCCGCUGCUGGUGGCUACCCUCAUCACAUGGGUCCCAUAGCUCCACCGAUGGCGGGCUUACACAGCCAACCCCACUACAUGCACGAUCCCAUGGGAAGCUACGGCUUGUUUAGAGAGAAGGACUUUGGGCUUGAUGAGCUGUCGCUUGUCCAUCAAAUGGGCUCGAUGCAUUUGCACGACGAUAUUCGCAACAUGGGUCCCCAACCCCAAUUGUACAUGCUGCCCAUGCAUUCACGGAAAGACAAGCGAGAUCGCAAAUAG